AUGAGCCGCCUGAGGUCCCUGAGCUCGGCACUUGGGCAGUGGGCGAUUUUGUCGUCGGUGGGCAUUCACGUCGCCAGGUACCAGGGAGGCGAUUACAUCGCGCAGGUCAAGGGGCACACGCCCUUCGAUCGCUGGCGCAGCGCCGCCUUUGCCGGCUUCGGAGCCUACUGCGGGGGCGUGUACCACUUCGUGUACGGGCCCAUCUACACGUGGCUCUUCCUGUCCCGCGGAGUGGGGGCAGUGCCCGUGAUCCUGUUCGACAUGCUGGUCACCGUGCAGGUCCUGUACUUCCCGGUGUACUACGCCCUGCAGGAGGUCGUCCGCAGCGCGACCCCGGCCUGGGGCAGGGUCUGGGCGGACCUCCACGCCAACAGGGGCAGGGUUCGCCUGCGGCCCCCGAUCAACUACACCUACGUGCCCUCGGCCUGGCGGGGCACCUUCUCGGGUGUCGCGGGCAUCGGCUGGGCGGUGCUGCUCUCCUGCUCGAGGGGCGAGCGCCAGGCGGAGUGCAGCAUCGGAGCCGACAGGCGCGCCGCCGGGCCCGUGCUGCUCUGCGCGGCCUCGUUCCCGGCGGAGGCGCAGCCGGCGCAGCCCAGCGCGCCCUCCGAGCCCCCCCGCGCGCCCUCCGAGCCCGAGAGCACGCCGCCAGGACGAGACGCGUCGCUGGAGAAUCUGCUGGAGGCCGAGCCGCCCGAGUCGGCGACGCCCGCCCCGGCGCCCGCGAAGCCGCCGGCCAGCGCCCGCACCACGCCAGCAGGCAGGGCGGCGAACCAGGCCUCCGCCUGGGCGUCGGCCACGCCAGAGCGGCGCGGCAGCGCGGACAAGCAGGAGCUCAAAGACAUGAUGGACCUGAGUGCCAAUGAGAUUUUCGACAAGCUCGUCAAGCAAGACACAGGCGACACUUUCUCCUGA